CGAAAGCCUUUUCAUAUGCUGAGGUUGCGUAUGCUCUGAAACGGCGUUCGCCAGAUGUGGAAACCCCAUGCUCGCUGCCAUGCGCUGAGGCAUAUCUUUCGAUCGAGACUCCCCAGCUGAAUCCGGUCCUUUGGUCUAUUUGUGCACAUCAUUCUCAUCUUGUCGAUCACAAUCGUUACUUCUUCCAGUCUUCUUCUCAGACACUCGCUAUCUUCACGUUCGCUCUUGCGUCUUCAAGUCACUCGCUAGACUCCUUCCCGACGAUACGAUUUCCAUACAUUCCUUCGCUUGACCUCUACGCAAUCUACUUUGUCUUCGAAGAAUUUCUACGCUGGGGAUCUCAAGAGAGGGACUUGGGAAAGGCCGUCUACUCUAGAGGCUGAACUCCGCCGCUCGACGGCCUUGGACAAAGUUCAGUGGUACACAAAACGAGACACAAACAUGUGGACGUCUUCUGUGGUGGCUUUUGCUUCACUAGCUCUCCUUCCAUCGGUGCUGGCGACAGAUAUCUUAAAGACGAGUGGUGUAUCGGAUUGCAAUAACGGAACAUCGAGCAUAAAGGUCAAUAACGUCGAUAUUUCCUUUGAUCGUUCAACCAACAACAUAGACUUCGAUGUCUCGGGUACCAGUGAACAAGUGCAAUAUGUCACCGCCGAGUUGAUCGUGAAAGCAUAUGGUGUACAAGUAUAUCAGAAAGAGUUUGAUCCUUGUUCGUCAGAUACCAGAGUCGACCAGCUAUGUCCUGUGCCCAAAGGAACAUUUGCCGCCAACGGAACGCAGGAAAUCCCUUCUUCAUAUACCUCUCUUAUCCCCUCGAUAGCCUACUCACUUCCCGACCUCGAUGGCGACGCUCAAGUGAUCCUCAAGAACAAGGGUGGCCAGCAGAUUGCCUGCGUACAAUCCGGUGUUACUAACGGUAAGACAGUGGAAGUGCCAGCUGUCUCAUAUGUUGCGGCCGCCGUAGCGGCUGCAGCUUUGGCCGUAUCACUCGUUGGUGCCGCUGCUACUGGCGCUCAUCCUGGUUCGAGCACUUCCAGCCCUGGAUUUUCAGAAGUCAUGUGGUGGUUUCAAGGAAUGGCAAUGAACGGCAUGCAUUCGGUUCCAUAUCCUACCAUUUACCGCAGUUUCUCCAAGAACUUCGCUUUCAGUACUGGCCUGGUUUCCUGGGGUAGCAUGCAGAAGUCGAUCGACAGCUUCCGAUCGCAUACCGGAGGCAACUUGACCAACGACAGCUAUGAAUCCCUCAAGAAUACCACCUUGGUUUUUUCUGAUGGUUCCACAACCCAGACCACAACAUCUAUCGGCAAACGGGCACUUUCUGUGUUCAUCCGGGAUGUCAGUACGUCGGUGAACGGUACUGGUUCGAGCGCGGACUCGAGCUCAAGUGAUUCGGGAAGCUCGCACUUGGUGCAAGGUAUCCAAGGAUAUGUCGAACAGCUCACCAUUCCACAAGCCAACACCUUCAUGACCGUGCUCUUGAUCUUCGCCAUCGUGGUUGCGGCCAUUGUUGUGGGUAUUCUGCUCUUCAAGGUCAUUCUCGAAGCUUGGGCACUGUUCGGCAAAUUCCCCAAGUCAUUGACUACCUUCCGCAAAGAAUACUGGCGUAUCAUGGCACAAACCAUCACCACCCUGAUUCUCCUGCUCUAUGGUGUCUGGACACUGUAUUGCAUUUUCCAAUUCACUCACGGAGAUUCAUGGGCUGCUAAGCUUCUUGCUGCUCUGACGUUGGGGACAUUCACGCUCUUGCUCGGCUUCUACACUUGGAAGAUCUGGAGCAUUGUUCAGAAGCUCAAGAAACUGGAGGGUAACGCCGACGCCCUGUACGAGAACAAGGAGACAUGGAAAAAGUACAAGCUGUUUUACGAAAAUUACAAGCGUGGAUACUGGUGGCUUUUCGUUCCUGCGAUCGUCUACAUGUUCGCCAAAGGAUGCGUUCUGGCUGCUGGUGAUGGUCACGGCAUGUUCCAAACCAUUGGUCAACUGGUUAUUGAAGCUCUCAUGCUUGUUGUGCUUCUAUGGAGCCGGCCAUACAACCGCAAAUCUGGCAACUGGAUCAACAUAGUCAUCCAAGUCGUCCGCGUCGUCUCAGUCGUAUGCAUCUUGGUCUUCGUUGAGGAGCUCGGUAUCGCCCAAACCACGAAGACAAUUACUGGUGUGGUGUUGAUUGUAGUCCAGUCUGGACUGACAGUUAUCCUCGCUAUAUUGAUCUUCGUCAACAGCAUCAUCAGCUGCUGCAAGGAGAACCCGCAUCGAAAGCGACGCAAGGCUGCUAAGGAAAACUUGUCUCAAGAUAUCGAAGGCGAUGCUUUCCUCAUGACACCAAAUCCAUACACCUCUUCUCCUUCCCGCCAUACGAGAAAGGUCUCCGACCCAGCGCAAGGCUACGAGCCGAUGCGUGCCAACGCCUUUUCUCGAUUUGGACCGCGGCCGGAGGAAAGUCAAGAGACGCUCGUCAAAGGUGCUGCUGGUAUGGGCUACUCAGGCUACCGAAGCUUGAGUCACGGACGGAGCGACGUAGAUGGAAGUCCGCCCCCUCCUUUCUCACGCGAGCCAAGACUGCCCGACCUUGCUUUUGAGCAGUAUAGGCAUAAGUAGGCGGCCAUGACACAGUGACUGUUUUGGACUUUUCAGCAAGCCUUUGUCAAUAUCAUGGGUCGGAUGUUUCAUAUUAUCACGGCAGCUCGAUGCUGAACCGAUGUGGGAAACGUUCUCUUUACGUUUGGUCUUGUUGUCAAGUAUAGCGUGGCUUUACAUCGGGAAUAGCAGAUGAGAUGGACACUCGUAACGACUGGGAAUGGACAUACUAUCGCCUAAUAAUACAUUGCAUAUGUUUUCCA